GUAGAAUAAAUUCUCUAUAACCUAGUCACCCUCAUGCACUAGUAGAGAAAUCUUCAGUUGAAGGAUGAUGUACAAAACACAUUAUGCUUUUCUUUUAUUUUUAAAUUGAAAUCAAAGUGUGUAUCCUUUUAGUAAAUAGUUACAUUUCUAACUAUUAGAUCAGAGAAAAUCAUUAGCUCGAUAUCUACAAAACGAUGUUGAGAAUUCUCGAGACGACCCUUGAGACUAACUUGUUUAUAUAUAUUACAAACAGUUGGGAGCCUCCAUACCCAAGAUAUAGACACACAUUAAACAGUUCCAAGAAGAUUAUGCAAACAAGAUUUAUGUAAUUACGCUCCUACAAAAUUUAAAUUAUCAAAAAUAUAAAUCUCCUUUUUUGACUUUUACCACUCACAGUUCUUCUUUCCAUGUAUAAAAGCGAGUAACAUUCAUACAAUUACGGGCUACAGCAGUAUAAUUUUCCGUAAUUAUUCUUGAUAUUUUAUUGCAAUUUUUUUCCUUUCUCUUAGAUUUUUUUGGAUUCGCUUAUCUUCUUUUGGCUCAAAAUUAUCAGCGUGUUGAUCUGCUGUUGAGUUGCUUGGAUUUACAGACAAGGGAAGUUCAAAAUUAGGAUUUUUAUGAGAUGGGCUGUCGGCAAAAGCUGAAAAAACGUGGUGCUGAAAAUAUUUAUAUGAACACAUAGAUAGGUAUUGAUAGAUUCAUAAUUUUGGGUUUCAUUGUUUUGAUUUGAGAUGGGCUGUUUUCCAUGCUUUGGAUCGGCAAAAAAGGAACAAAAUAAUGUCAAUGUUGUAAAAGAAGUGGAAAAACAGGAGUCAUUUAAAGAAGUUUCAGUUGCUCAGUCUCGUAACCAUGUGAGCAGAACCAGUUCAGAUAAAUCAAAAUCUCGGAGUGGUAAUGAUCCUAAGAAGGAAGCGGCAACUCCUAAAGAGCCACUAGCACAUAUAGCUGCACAAACAUUUACAUUUCGUGAACUUGCAUCUGCAACGCAGAACUUUAGACCCGAGUGUUUGCUAGGUGAAGGUGGGUUUGGACAUGUUUACAAAGGUCGGUUGGAAAGCACAGGGCAGGUGGUUGCUGUUAAACAGCUUGAUCGAAAUGGUCUUCAAGGGAAUAGAGAGUUUUUGGUGGAGGUUCUCAUGCUUAGCCUCUUACAUCAUCCAAAUCUUGUCAACUUGAUAGGAUAUUGCGCUGAUGGUGAUCAACGGCUUCUUGUGUACGAGUAUAUGCCAUUGGGAUCCCUAGAAGACCAUUUACAUGAUCUUCCAUCGGAAAAAAAACCUCUGGACUGGAAUACAAGAAUGAAGAUUGCUGCUGGUGCAGCCAAGGGAUUGGAAUAUUUGCAUGACAAAGCCAACCCUCCUGUAAUAUACAGAGACUUGAAAUCGUCCAAUAUACUUCUUGACGAGGGAUAUUUCCCCAAGUUAUCAGAUUUUGGGCUUGCAAAACUGGGUCCUGUUGGUGAUAAAACUCACGUCUCUACGAGGGUGAUGGGGACGUAUGGUUAUUGUGCUCCAGAAUAUGCUAUGACUGGUCAACUCACUUUGAAAUCUGAUGUUUACAGUUUUGGAGUUGUCUUUCUUGAAAUCAUCACAGGGCGCAAGGCAAUUGAUAACAGGCGAGAUCCAGGCGAGCAGAAUCUUGUUGCAUGGGCAAGACCACUUUUCAGGGAUCGAAGAAAGUUUCCGAAGAUGGCCGAUCCUCUAUUGCAAGGCUGUUAUCCUAUGCGUGGACUAUAUCAAGCACUUGCAGUGGCUGCCAUGUGCCUACAAGAGCAAGCAGCCACACGACCCCUAAUCGGGGAUGUGGUGACUGCUUUGACAUAUCUAGCAUCCCAAACAUACGACCCUAAUGAUCAUUCUCCCCCGAGUAAUAGAAUGGAUGCAUCCACUCCGAGGCAUCGAGAUGCAAGAAGAAAUAUGUCUGUUGGAACUGAUAGCCUGGACGAGUCUGGACGCAGCAGCCGGCACAGUUCCCCUUCGGUCCACAAGAACUCGCCAGAUUUCAGGAAGAGAGAGUCUUUUAAGGAGUUAAAUAAUGGGGAGUUGCGGAGGAUUGAAACUGGUGGUGGGUCGGGCCGGAAAUUGGGUUUAGAUGAGUUGGAGCGUCCUGAUUCUCAGAGAGACAGUCCUGUUAUUGCUGGUCGAGGUAGAGAAACUCCAAGGAAUCGGGAUCUAGACAGAGAACGAGCAGUUGCUGAGGCAAAAGUGUGGGGCGAGAAUUGGAGAGGACGAAAAAGGGCUAACGGCGGCGUUAGUUACGAUGGUACAAAUGAUUCGUUGCACUAGACCCUCCAUGUAUCACUGUUAUGCUGGGAAAAACACAUUUUUUCCUCCAUGUAUAGUCGUGUAACAUAGCCUCAAUUUGGUUUCGCUGGGGCAUUACAUUUGUUCAUUUUAUGUUGUUGUAGAGUUCAAUGUGAAAGGAUUUCUGAGUCAAUUUGUUUUGCUUAUAGAAAGAGGUUUGAUCUUCAUA